ACUCUCCUGCCUCUUCCCAGGUCUCGGGAAGAAGCAGAAGCUUCCAGGAGGCAGUGGUGCACAGGUACAGCCUCGUGUCCUUUCUACACAGAAGCCUGGGCUGGAGCCAGCAGCUGGAAGACCUCAGAAGACCUUGUAUUCUCUCAGGUCCAACCAUGGCUUCAGAGACAGCCUGCCACCCUUCAGGCAGGAGGACCAGCAUGAUGCAAGCCUUCAGAAUCUGGGAUGUUAACCAGAAGACCUUCUACAUGAGGAACAACCAACUAGUUGCUGGAUACUUGCAAGGAUCAAAUACGAAACUAGAAGAGAAGAUAGACCUGGCGCCUGUCGAGCCCCACGCUGUGCUCCUGGGCAUCCAUGGCAAGAAGCUGUGCCUGGCCUGCGUCAAGGUUGGCGAUGAGAUCCAGCUCCAGCUGGAGGCGGUCAACAUCACUGACCUGAACAAGACCACGGAGCAGAACAAGCGCUACACCUUCAUCCGCUCGGACAGCGGCCCCAUCACCACCUUCGAGUCGGCCGCCUACCCUGGCUGGUUCCUUUGCACGGCCCUGGAGGCCGACCAGCCUGUCAGCCUCACCAACGAGCCCCUGGAGGACAUUAGGGGCACCAAGUUCUACUUCCAGCAGGACUAGUGGUGCUGUCACCCUGCCCUCGGCCAGCAUAUCUGGGCUCCAGAUGCCCCUCCACCCUGCCCAGGGUUUCAGCCUUGUGGGGCCCGGGGAGCAGCCAUGGCAGGUGGGCCCCCCAAGGAACUGAGAAACCUGGUGUCCAAUUCCAACUGCAGCCCCUCAGCUGCCACAACCUUCAUGCCACCCCGAGUGGUCUCUCUAAAGAGCAACUGGAACACCAGUGCCGUUCCAUGCCCUUCCUGCAGUGUCACCUGUGCCUCCGACAGCACCCGGGCCACCUGCCAGCUGGACACCCUCUGCUCCCCCUCCCAGCUCCCGUCUGCCCACUGUCCACGCCCAGGUCCCAGAAGCCACCAGCUCACCUCCCACCAAGUGGCUCCCAAACCUUCUUUGUCAACCUUGGGAUAGCAGUGCUUUUAGGGUCUGUGGCCAAAUAAAACAUAAGGAUUUCAUGGUAUUUUCAAAGCCUCCAAUUUUAGGAGGGCUUUCUUUGGGUACUGUGCCCUUCUUGGAAGGGGGUGGGAGAGUAAAACAUCCAUGUGUUUGUGAAAAAAUUUUGAUGAAAACAAGUCUCCUUUUUGCAUUUCUUUCUUAUUGUUGUAAGGCCCUAACUGAUAAAAUGAGAAGUUAAUGUACCAGUGUCCCUAAUUUUUUCUUUCUGAAACAUUCCAGUAAGUCUGGAUCCCACUACCCGGGCCCAAGCACCAUCUGCACUCCAGGCCUCCCCCAGCGGUUGGCAGUGCCCCCAGUGCAGCUGGCCCCCAUCCUUCUCCCUCCGGAGGCGAGAGCACUUCCACAUGGAGGCUGGUCAGAGAUGCCUGGUGUCUGGGUGCUGCCAGGCUGGAACAGGGACAGGGAAUUGAGUGUGAGUCUCAGGUGCCUGCAGGACUGAGUGUGUGCUGGCCCUUAUGUGCUUCCUGUGUCCAGUGGGAAGUUACCUGUUCCCCAUCAUUUAAGCUCUGUUUUACAAUAAAACCUUAAAAACGCA